CUGUUACAUAAUUUCCUUUUAACUUAAGCCUGCCAGAGCGCAUUCACCAGCUAGUUUACCCAAGGUUUGCCCAUACUGGCCAGUCAUGAGUUCAAACGCGCUGCGUUUCUGGCCGAACUAGAGGACCUCAGCGAGAAGAAUCCAGUGUUUGAUUCUGGACCCGAACCGGAAGUUUUUAGUGGUGACUGACUGCAUCGAACAGCGGGAGCAUGAUGAGACUGACGGCGGCGCGGAGCUGCUCUCUGCUCGGCCUCGUGCUGCUGCUGCUGCGCGCGGAACUCUGCGGGGCACAGCGAUUUCUCUCACAGAAUAAAGCGUCUCAGUUCCUCCUGCGACACAGACGUGCAAACACCCUCUUUGAGGAGAGCAAGAAAGGAAACCUGGAGCGUGAAUGCAUCGAGGAGCUGUGUGAUAAAGAGGAGGCACGAGAGAUAUUUGAGAACAAUCUAGAAACAGAUUAUUUCUAUCCCAAGUAUAUUGAUUGUCUGCAAUCUCACCGCACCGGGAUAAAUAAUCCAAACUCUGAGCCUGGAAUCCCUCAGAACCUCCGUAGCUGUAUUCAAGGUGAUCCAGCACUAGUACUGUUAUCUAGUCUGAGACCGUGUUGUGUCUGUGUUCAUUGUGAGUUUGAGUUGCUAUGUGUUUCAGAAAUCAGUAACCAAUGUCUGCCGCUGCCGUGCAAUAAGAAUGGUUAUGAGCGCUGUGUGGACGGUCAGGGCUCCUUCACGUGUGUGUGUAAAGCGGGAUGGAGGGGUCAGCGCUGUGAGCAAGAUAUUAAUGAGUGUGAAGACCCAGAAUUCCCUGCAGGCUGCAGCCAAACGUGUCACAACCUCCCCGGCAGCUUCAUGUGCAGCUGUGAGAAAGGCUUCUUCACCCGUGACAACAUCCACUGCAUCGAUAUCAAUGAGUGUAUCCUGUAUCCCAGUGUGUGUGUGGAACCAUCCAAAUGUGUAAACGCUCCGGGAAUGUUUGAGUGCCGCUGUCCUGUGGGAUACCUGUACAACAUGAGCUCACACCAAUGUGUCGAUCUGGAUGAGUGUGAGCAGGACGUGUGUGACGGUGAGUGUGUGAACACCAUCGGGAGUUUCUCCUGUCACUGUGACGGCCGUAAAGGUGUGAAGCUGGCAGAGGACAGCCGUCAGUGUGAGAAGAUCCCCAAGUGUUUGGAUCUGUACGAAUAUAAGCAUGAGCAGAUGCUGUAUCUGGGAGAGCAGUUCUACCUGCGCUUCCGUCUGCAGGCCGACACCAAGUUUGCAGCUGAAUUUGAUAUCCGCACGUUUGAUCCUGAGGGAGUGAUUCUGUAUGCCCGGUCUUCGCUGGGCUCAUGGUUUAUGUUGGGUUUACGGACUGGCCGCAUCGAGGUUCAGUUUAAGAAUGAACACUCCAUCCAUAUGACCAGCGGAGGAAAAGCCAUCAAUGACGGCCAGUGGCAUGUGAUCUCUGUGGAGGAGCUGAUGGGAAGCAUCAGUGUGAAGAUCAGUAAAGAGGCUGUAAUGAGCAUUAACAGUCCUGAGCGACUCUUCAGCCCCGUCAACGACAAACUGGAAAUAAAGGUUUACAUUGCCGGCCUGCCUAAUCGCAACGAGAGCCUCAUCAAACCAAUCAACCCGAGGCUGGAUGGCUGCAUCCGUGGCUGGAAUCUGAUGAAUCAGGACGUGUCUGGAGUGAACGAGGUGUUUCGGGGAAAGGAGAGCAAACACUGUUAUGUGCAUGUGGAGAAAGGCUCUUUCUUCAGCGGCGGAGGACUGGCACUCUUCAACAUCAACUACAGCAGCACAGAUCUCUGGAAACUGGAUGUUGUGAUGAGCGUCCGUCCGUCCAGCAGCACCGGUGUAUUAUUUGCCCUGGUUAGCAACAGCUCUGUCCCUCUUUCAGUUGCUGUGGUGACACAAGGACCUGAUGAUGCGAAUCUGCAGGUUUUUAUGGAUGGCAUCUGCGUGGCGACGCUGGAGUCUCUGAUGCUGUGUUAUCCCGACCGGUUGGUGUUGGAGAUGAAAGUAUCAGCUGAUGGUCUCCACAUCACGGCAAACUCCUCCAGCGUGUCCUACAGUGACUCUGAAACCCUGAGCAUGGCUUUAUCCAAACUCAACAGUGCCAUGCAGGGUCAAGUCCACACUUACAUAGGAGGACUUCCAGAUCUCCCGCUAUCUGUCACUCCCAUCUCUGCGUUCUACCACGGCUGUCUGGAGAUCAGUGUGAACGGACAGCAGCUGGACUUCGACGAGGCUGUUAGCAAAGACGACAGCAUCAAGUCUCACUCCUGUCCUCCUGUUUCUGCCCCAGACCCUCCGUCCACUGAAUCCCAGCCGCACUAGACAGAAAAUAACAUCACAGCCUAAUGCAGGGACACCUGAGCCGCUGCGUCUGUCUGAGUUCCUGUCAAAUACAUGAUGUGAUGUCCUGAUUCUGGCUUCAGAAGGAGACGGAGAGAGAAAGCUUGACCUGUGAUUUUUAAUAGAUUUUUUUAAUUGACUUUGUGUUUUUAAUUGAUGCCCUCAUUAGUUGAUUGAUGACAAACCUGUGAAAGAGCUUCAGAAGCUCAUGAGCCUCUAUUUAAAGAUGCUACACAUUCAUUCCAGUAUUUUUAUUCCUGACGUGUGUUUUUAAUCAGGUUUUUACUCGCAGUAUGGAGCCGUCAGUUUGUAUCUUGUGUAUAUAACACACUAAUUUGAAUGUGAUGUGAAUGUUUAGAUGGAUAUUCAACACUAGUGCCACAUUAAUUGUUGUAAUAAAACAUAAAAUGCA